AUGGAGUACGAGAUGGACCUCGAGCCCACCGGGCCCCAAGUCACCGUCCGCGAGGCGGAACCAUACCGCGUCGACUUCCGUCUCUCAGCCGUCGACCUGGCGUUUGCGAACUCUCUCCGCCGCACCAUGCUUGCCGAAGUGCCAACCCUCGCUAUGGAUCUCAUUGAAAUCGAAAGCAACACCUCCGUCCUUCCCGAUGAAUUCCUCGCCCAUCGUCUCGGCAUGAUUCCUCUUAACUCGCUGAACUGCGACCAGGACCUGGACUACACAAGAGACUGCGACUGCGAGGACCACUGCGUGCGCUGCAGCGUGACUCUCUCCCUGCACGCGCGUUGUGGUCAAGGGCAAAUGUCCGUCUACGCCAGGGAUCUGGUCAUCGUCGGCGAGCGAAUCAACCAGACUAUCGGUAACCCCGUCACCACCGAUCCCGAGGGCAGGGGACCAUUGAUUUGCAAGCUGCGCAAAGGUCAGGAGGUCAAGAUGACAUGUCUGGCGAAGAAGGGAACUGCCAAGGAGCACGCGAAGUGGGCGCCAACUGCUGCCGUGGGCUUUGAGUACGAUCCCAACAACAACCUGCGUCACGUGGAUUACUGGUAUGAGCAGGAUCCAGCGAAGGAAUGGCCUGUCUCCGAAAACGCUGCUUGGGAAACUGCCGCCGCACCGGACCAGCCUUUCGACUACGAUGCCGAGCCAUCAAUCUUCUACUUCGACGUCGAGAGCAUUGGCAACCUGGAACCCGACAUGAUUCUUCAGCAAUCUAUUAUUUCCCUGCAGCGCAAGCUAGCCACCACUGUCUCCGAGCUUUCUGGUGAAGGCGAAGGCCACAUUGGCGAGGAUGCUGAGAUGAUGGGCGCCAACGACCCCGACGCCUACGAGCCUCCCGAGGGCAUCGAUGGAAACAUGACUUCAUACGGCAGCGGUGCUCCUGGUGGCUGGAACAGUGCUCAGACACCGUAUGGCGCUACGCCUUACGGCCAAACUAGCUAUGGGUUCUAA